UAAACUCCAAAGAAGAAGAAGUAAACAGGAAUCAAGAACACGUUAGCGUUUUUAUUUAUACAACAAUGGAACUCGAAAUAUGACUCUUUUAAUUGUACAGUAUAACAUACUUAUCCCAUGUAGUCAUUAAUUCGAUUUGGAGAUAGCAUCUAUCAGUCAAGUCCUAUCUAGAUAACGUUCAUGUUAGCCUGCUGCUAACAAUGGCUAACUCGAACUGUGUGGUUUUUCACACUCAAAUAGCCUCCAUCAUGGAGGUUCUAGCGAAUGCAGCCGUGGCGGAGAUCUGUAAAGUCGUAGACGACGAUUAUGAAGUGUUUCGUUUGGAAAUAACUCAAGGCCAGAAAGAAAACAGGGCAUUGAGGAGGAAACUACAGCUACUGGAAAUGAAGGUGUCACGGGAACGCGUCCUCGCCAGCCCCAGAAGUGUCAAGAUACUCGACCGAUACAGAGUAACAGCAAGAGGUGAAGGACAUCUCACUGGAGGCCACAGGAGCUUUGUGAAGCCAGCGGGACACAAUACAUGGAGAGAUGACCAACCAAUCACUGUUGAUGAGGGGAGUGGAACCUCAACCGAGCACAUUAUUGUGAUAGAGGCUGCAGAUAUAGAGGCUGCAGGUCCUGGGGUCAAGCAGGAGAGGUCUGUAGGAGAGGAGGACCUCCAGACUGCAGCAUCGCCUGAAGCCACGGAGGACCUCAAUGCCGCCGCACCGCAGCCCAGGACCCGACGCAGCAUCACGGAGGAGGAGGAGGGUCCAGAGGUGCUGCUGGUGAAGGAGGAGGGGUGUGAGGAGGGUCUGGGGAACCCUGAGGGGACCAUGGUCAUGGAGGACAACCAGACUACACCUCCUCCUGAACCCACAGAGGAACCAGCUGAGCAGCACAGGACCACACACAGUCUCACUGAGUCAGUAGACAUGGAGGAUGGAAAGCCUGAUCUGCUGUUGGUCAAAGAGGAGACAAUAGAAGAUGUACCAGAGAGCAUUGACCUGCUGAGUGGACUAAAGAUGGGGGAGCAAGGUGAUUGGCUGGAGGCUAACAGAGGAGACUGGGGAGCCGUCUUGGAUUCCCAGACCCAGACUGGUGCAGCCAAGGGCCCAGGGGACGACAUCACUGAGCAGGCCAGGACCAGAGGUGAAAUAGUGGAGUCUGCAGUCCAUGAAGACCUGCUGAUAUCCAGUGUUACUGGUGGGAGAGACUGGACCUCCGAAGCGGCUGGUCACAAACCCUGGCCCCGGAUGAGAACCAUGGAUCAGGAGCCGUCACUAUUCCUUCCUGAAUCGGAACCAGGACCCAACUGCAAGAGACAGAGACUCCACCACCACACAGAACACAACCAGUGGACAGAUGGACUGAACAACCUCAGUCCUGGUGGUCAUCAGAGAGACGGAGGCUCCAGUCAGGGAUCCAGUCUGCAGCCCAGAACCUUCUCUUCACAGUCUCAGUGCAUGGAUGAAGCAGGGCCUGGGGCUGAUAGAGAUAGACCCUCCUGUUCCUAUGAUACUAACACCACAGUAUCCAUGAUGAACAGAGCAGGUCACCCUGGGCUUCAGCCUUCACAGAGAGUGGUGGGAGACCCCCCUGGUGGUAGUCUAUCAGCAAGUCUGUCUUCUCCUUCAGGAUCUCAUUUAAUGUCUGGUGACUGGGUUCAUAGAAAGCCUGGGUCUAGCUUUCCUCAGUUACCUCAUGGUUACCCCACCAAUACAGACAGGUUCAGGAUGGGCAUUUACCACAAGAAGCACCUAGCCUAUAGCACAGCACACAAUCCCAGCAACACCCAAACAAUGACUAGAGGUCAAGGAGGGAGCUCAAAGACUAACCACCUGACGGCGGUGGCGCCUGCUUCUACCUCCUCUGUCAUUGGGUCACAAUGUGGAAGGCCGGGCAUUAGGACGGAUGCCGACAAGCCGUACGCCUGCCCCACGUGUGGGAAGCGCUUUGCUAAGACUAAAUAUAUGAAACAGCACCAGAACAUUCACACCAAGGAGAGGCCUUUCAAGUGCAAACUAUGUUACAAGAGCUUCUCCUUCCUGAGUUACCUCAUCAGACAUAGCUGUGCCCACAAUGGGGAGAAAUUGUAGCUAGUCUUUAGUUGAAAUAUUUUAUUUGUCAUGUGAAGUGUACUGGGGGUAAGACUUUUGGGGAUUACUAGGUCCCUUAGUUGAGCAUCUGGGUACACUCACAUGAUACAGACUUGUUGUUUUUAUGUGCUAGCCGAAACACUGAUAUUGAAGUGUAUCACUAUUUCA